GUUAAUGGCAUUUUUCGUAAUAUUCGAAAAUACAAAGGCAUUUACGUAUCCCCAAAUUCUAUAAAUAUCAGACAAAUCUCCAAAACUCCACAAAAAUCUCAAAAGACAUAUUUACACAAAAGAGACCACAAAGUAAGGGAAAAAUAUAAAGAUGGGGAACUGUAUAGGAGUGGAGAAGAAAGUGAUAAAAAUUAUGAGAAAUGAUGGAGAAGUAGUUGAAUACAGAGGUCCCAUGCAUGUUCAUGACAUCCUCACCCAGUUCUCUGGUCACUACUCUCUCUUUGAUUCUCUGUCCAACAGUUGUCAUCUUCAUCCACAAGCUAAGCUUCUCUGUGGCCGUUUCUACUAUCUCAUGCCAAAGCAGAAUACCACAGUCAAGCAUAAGAAGACAAAGAAGAAAGUCAGGUUUGCAAUUCCAGAGGUAGAGAAACAAGGAGAUGGAUUAACAGAUUGUGGUGACAACACCAAGGAGAAGAGUCCUGGUGUUGUGAGAGUGAAGAUGGUUGUGAGUAAGCAAGAGCUCGAGAAGCUGAUUCAAGGAGGUUCAGUUCACGAAAUGGUCUAUAGAAGUCUUGCUAAGCAACAUCUGUGCCAUGAUGAUGAUGCUGCUGAUGAGGGUCUUAGAGGCUGGAGACCUUUGUUAGAUAGUAUUCCUGAAACUCAUUAGCCUAUUACAUGUCCAUAUCUUACAUAUAUAUAUGACACAUACAUAGAUAUAUACAUAGAGAUUCCUUGACUGCUGAUGUCCUAACCCUUAUGAUAUUAGAGAUUGAAUCUUCUUA